AUGUUAUCUCCAGAAGUUGACUUCAAGAUCCGCAAGUCUAAACUUAGGUGCAAGGGAGACAAGGCCAGCAUGUUAAGGACAUUUGAAAUGAUUUCUCAGAAAGAUCCAGAAAUUGAUGGUUCAACAUUACAGAAUUUCAGAAAUACCUAUCUCAAAGGUAUCCAAGUCACUGUUAUAGCAAGUCUUCUCAGUGCUAUAUCAAAGGAAUAUCCAAAUUUCCCAAAGAUCACUAGAGACACAUUAAGAGAUAAAAAUUUGCUCUAUAUGACCAUCCAGCGCAAUUUCUCAUUGCUUGAGCCAUAUCUUAAAUCCAUUUCAAUCUCAAAUAGCUUUGGAGACAAUAAAUUAACCGAAGAAGCCAUAAUUUCUUCCUUCACAGAUUAUUUCAGUUCAUGUAUAUCACAAUAUGAACGAUUUGGUUUCAUUGACAUCACAAAGAUAUCAAAAUCAAUCCCAUUCAUGAAAUUCCAUUUAUUAUCUGCCUCAAACGGAAGUGACCAGUUCAUUGUUCUUUUCACGAAGAAGAACUCGAACUACAAGUUCAUUGCAUACUUCUUCUGCAACGAAACAACAAAAGUCGUCAAAAAUAGAAAAGGAGACUCUCUUUUUUCCCAAAAGAAAGAGAUCGAGUGCGAUUUCUUUCCCACAGUUGAGUCAAGCCCGGCCUUUGCAAAUUCUAUGGAAAUAAGUGACGAUUUCCAAUUGAAUUUAACAUUGAUCCCUUAUGACGAUUUCCAAUUCUUCUGGCCCAUGUAA